GCGAACGUUAUCACUGUACUUACUAUUUCCCCUUGAUUUCUCGCUCUCGCGCCCCCCAAGUCCAAACUAUGUCAUCGUGGGCUAUCACAGGCGCCUCCCGUGGCAUUGGAUUUGAAUAUGCCAAACAGCUGUCUGCAGAUGGGAGCAACCAAGUUUUCGCCCUUAUCCGCAAUCAGCCAAGCGCGGAGCUCAUCGAACUCGAUUCUGGCAGAAGAAAUCUUCAUAUAAUCCAGGCCGACGUCACCGAUGCCCAAGGUCUCUCUGAGGCGGCUGCCAAGGUGGGAGAGCUGACUGGGAAUAAGCUAGACGUGUUCAUCAGCAACGCAUGCCACCCUGGACUUGACUUAAGGUUUUACCCAACCUCGGCAUUCCUUGGGAAGGAGAAGGAGCUCAAGAAUGAGAUUGAUGCCUGUAUGAACGUCAACCUUCUUGGGGCUAUAAACUCCAUCAAUUGUUUUCUUCCCCUGAUCCGCAGCGGCGAACUGAAGAAGAUCAUCUACAUCACUUCUCCCUCGGGCGACGCCGAGUUUACCCGCAAGUGCGGCGUUACCGUCACCAUCGGAUACACCGUUACCAAAGCUGCCAUGAACCUUGUCAUAUCAAAGUACGCUGCCGAGCUCAAGGGAGAAGGGAUCAAAACUCUGGCCCUCAGCCCGGGAUGGGUCGACACGGACGGAACUCGAGAUAUGGCCCCGACGCCAGAGGUCUUAGAAAUGGCGCUACAGGUUUUUCAGAAGGUGAAUCCGGAUCUCACUGGGCUGAUGUCUCCGGAAGAAUCGGUGAGAAUGCAGCUCGACGUUAUCAAUAGCCUGACGGCAGAUCAAAGUGGCCUAGCACUGUCCCACCAUGGUGACUACAACUGGCUUUGAAACAAAGGAGUGAUUCUAGUACACGCAUAACUAA